UUUGUGGCGUCUCACACAAACGUCAGUAGUGGCAGUUUAGGUUUUGGGACGCAUCGCGGCCGCAAAAAUGACGCGAGCCGUACUUUUUAUAUGUGUUUUUACCAUAUUUUUGGACGUCCUACAUGCUGGGCAGGCCAGUACGGGCGCGGAGCCUCAAGUGGCUGUGCUGUGCGAAGCGGGUGCCACCUACCAUCCGCAGUACAUGUCAGCGGCGGGCAGAUGGACACCCGAUCUCACCACCAAACCUCAUAACUGUCUGAAGGACAAAAUGGAAAUCCUCGACUACUGCAAGAAGGUCUACCCGAGUCAUGAUAUCACUAACAUCGUGGAGGCGUCGCAUUACGUGAAGGUCGCCAAUUGGUGCAAGCUGGGAACGGGCAAUGCGGCUAAGUGCAAGGUCACCAGAUGGGUCAAGCCAUUCCGUUGUCUUGAAGGUCCAUUCCAAUCGGACGCGUUGCUGGUGCCUGAGAGUUGCUUGUUCGACCACAUCCACAACCAAAGUCGGUGCUGGCAGUUCGCAAGGUGGAACGCUACAGCUGGCCGUGCGUGUGCCCAGCGUGGUCUCCGGCUUCGGACUUUCGCUAUGCUGUUGCCUUGUGGGAUCAGCCUGUUCUCGGGAGUAGAAUUCGUGUGCUGUCCAAAGCAUUUUAAAGAAAACGUAAAAAUGCACAAGCCAAUGGAUGUCGGUGUUCCUGUCAGUCCCGGUGGUGAAGAGAUGCUCGCUGCCUCUGCGGCUAUGGAUGAGCGUGAUGAUGAUCUUCUUGAUGAUGAUGAUGCAUUGGACGAUGAUGAUGACGACGACACUCUUAACCUUAGCGACGAUGACGAUGAUGAUGACACUGAUGAUGAUGCCGUUCUUCCUUCAGACAUGGAUGAGGAUGAGGAUGCGGAUUUAUCAAGAGAUGAUGAUGCGGAAGAUGAUGACUAUACCGACGGUGAUGAUAGUGCCUGGCCUCGACCUGAAUCGUCAUCAGCACCUUCCACCACCACAACUACUACCACUACAACCACCACCACGGCUUCUACAGCGACAUCUGAUCCUUACUUCUCUCACUUCGAUCCUCGUACAGAGCAUCAGAGUUACAAAGAUGCCCAGCAACGCCUAGAAGAGACACAUCGCGAAAAGAUAACGAAGGUGAUGAAGGAAUGGUCUGAACUUGAAGACAGGUAUCAACAGAUGAUGUCAACAGAUCCUACUGCCGCCCAGACUUUCCGACAACGUAUGACUGCUAAAUUCCAAGCUAACGUACAGUCGUUGGAGGAGGAAGGCGUGGCUGAGCGAAGGCGGUUGGCUGCUCUGCACCAGCAGCGCGUGUUGGCACACCUUGCGCAGCGUCGCCGCGCCGCGCUCGCCUGCUACUCGCGAGCACUGCGUGAUGCUCCGCCCAACGCACACCGCGUGCAGAAGUGCCUGCAGCGACUGGUGCGCGCGCUGGCGGCUGAGCGUGGGGGCGCUCUGGCGGCCUGGCGCCGCGCCGCAGCUGCGGGCCGCGAGGCAGCCGCUGCCGAACGGGCCAGCGCCGCUGACAGGCUGCAGGAUGCUGACCGUGCUCUACAACGCGCCUUGACUGCUCUACGUCGCCGCCCACACCUGUAUGCCAAUAUUGGAACUGCUAUUGAGGACUAUGUUCAGUCAAUGCAAUCUAAAGACGACAUGGCUGUAUCUCUCAUGUCUAUGACUCCUGAAGCUGAAGAACUGUUAUUGGACCGCAUCGAAGCAGAAGUACAACGUGAACAGGCAGCGAGGGAACAACUUAGCGCUAAACGUGAUCAACGCACCAGGCAACGGCAGGAUAUACAAAACGAGAGAGCUAAGACAUCAAAUGGCGUGAAGGAAAGCGAAGAAACUGAUGACGAAGCCAGUGAAAUAAAUGAUGGUGAAGAAACUACGCCUGCAUCUACUACCCAUAGCGUUCCUCCUUCAGCCGCUGCUUCUCCAUCGCCGCAUCUCACCGCUGCCUCUGUCUCCGUACAUGAUGCUACCACCAGGGCAGCAUACACACAGGAUACUACAACCACUGAAGUAAUCACGAGUACGGUCACGGAUGUGCCCGAGAGCGAGACGGCAGACAUCGGAGAUAUUGGCGAAACUUCCAGCCGGCGGUCCACUAGCGAGACGGAAGGUGAAGGACUGCGAGCUGCAUUGGAGCAUGCUGAAGAGCGCGCACCGCCUCCACCGGCACAUGCACUGAAACAUGAACUGCAGCAUUCUCAGCCUGGAUACACGGUGCGUGGAGCGGGUGCUGGCGGUGUCGCUGGCGGUGCAGGCGGCGCUGGUGCUCUGUACCCGGCGCUGUGCGUGGGCGGCGCAGGGCUGGCAGCAGCCGCCUGCGUGGCGCUCGCAGUCGCGCGCCGUCGCGACCGGGCGCCGCAAGCGCAGGGCUUUGUGCAGGUGGAGCAAACAGGCGCAGUGGCGCCAACACCUGAGGAGCGACAUGUAGCCAACAUGCAGAUCAAUGGGUACGAGAACCCCACCUACAAGUAUUUUGAAGUCAAGGAGUAAAUUUACUGUCCAUCGCCACUGCCUUCCCACCUGACGUCGCUGCUGUGUCUACUAAAAUAAGAACCUUAGACAUAUAAACAGAACAAUUAUAUUGAUGUCAUGCUGUAUGUAAUCCUUCUAGAAGUACUAUGAGCAGGUUCAUUGGUAAAGAUGUUUUCUCAGCGUAUGUUUCCUCUAUAGUAUCUAAAUCUACCCCCACCUAGGAGCCAUGAAGCUAUUAUACUAAAACAUGUUUGAAUAAGAUCAUAUCAAACAGUCU